AGAGAGGGGAAGAGAAGAGAAAAGAGGAGCUCAGGCGUUCCACAGCUCAGCCACUCGAGCAACAUGUCCUCAGACGUACAGCUGCGCGCACGAACCAACCGACUGAACACCAUCAGCCCCGACAUCCCGCAAGCACAACGAGAGAGCAGUACACACGCCUGAAAGCACGCUUUAUAAAUGCAAUUUAACAUCCUGAGAUUCUGGAAACACCAGGUCAACACACCAAGUCAGCAAUUCUAGGAACUGGAAUUCAGCUCUGUUGCUACGUUCCCUAGGAGAGGCUGCUCUUCCUUGGAAAUCAAGAUACACUCUGCCACUGUGCCCAGGAGAAUUUUCUAAUUAUUUGGGGGCAGAGUCCACACAGAAAAGGUAUAGAAGAGAGCAUGUCAGCAUAAAGCUGGAUUUCCAGGAUUGAAGACCUUUGGGUUCUGCUCCUUAAUGCCUGAAAGCUUCAUUUGAGGCAGGAACAGAUGGACGGAAUCAACUUUACAUUUUUUAAUGUCUCUGAGGGCAAUGAGACGGAGCCGGAAGUGGAGACGAGCCCAUAUAAGACAGUGGAGGUGGUGUUUAUCGUGCUGGUGGCAGGCUCUCUUAGUCUGGUCACUGUUGUUGGAAAUAUCCUGGUAAUGCUCUCCAUUAAGGUCAACAGAAGCCUGCAAACUGUCAAUAACUACUUUCUGUUCAGUCUGGCAUGUGCAGACUUCAUCAUAGGCCUCUGUUCUAUGAACCUUUAUACAGUUUAUAUUGUAAUAGGUGCCUGGCCACUUGGUCCAGUAGUGUGUGACCUGUGGUUGGCUUUGGACUAUGUGGUCAGUAAUGCCUCUGUCAUGAACUUGCUAAUUAUAAGCUUUGAUCGGUAUUUCUGCGUCACUAAACCACUCAGCUACCCAGUCAAAAGGACCACUAAGAUGGCAGGAAUGAUGAUCGCUGCUGCCUGGGUUCUGUCUUUUAUCCUGUGGGCACCUGCUAUCCUUUUUUGGCAGUUCAUUGUCGGUGGCCGCACUGUGCCUGAGAGGGAGUGUUAUAUCCAGUUCUUCUCUAACGCAGCUGUCACCUUCGGCACAGCCAUUGCCGCCUUUUAUCUGCCUGUCAUCAUCAUGAUGGUGCUGUAUUGGCAGAUCUCCAGAGCCAGCAAGAGUCGUGUCAAGAAGGACAACCGCAAGCCUUCAGGCACCAUCGUCACAACUGCAUCACCCAACCAGACCCACCCCAGUACAAGCAACAAGCCUGAAAACAACAAUGUGAUGGUUAAAGACCCUGACAGGGGUCAGACCCAGACCUCAGAUGAUCUGACCAACCAGGAUGACAGUAAGCUGCAGAAUGGCAAAGCACCAUCCAAAGCCAGCAGGGAAAAAGAAGGCAAGGAAAGUGCCAAGGACAACUGUGUCUCUGUUGAGGAUAAAGAAAGUUCCAAUGACUCCACUUCUGGCAGUGGGACAGCAACCAAUCAGAAGCCUGACAACAAUGACACUCAGGUGCCUACACGGCACCAAACCAAGACCAGUCCCUCCAAACUCACCUGCAUUAAAAUUGUCACCAAGUCCCCAAAGGGAGACUGCUAUGCCCCCACCAACACCAUGGUUGAAAUUGUACCAGCUGCAGAGAAACAGAACAAUGUGGCCCGCAAGAUUGUAAAGAUGACAAAGCAGCCUCCCAAGAAAAAGAAAGCAGCUCCUUCAAGGGAGAAGAAGGUGACCCGCACCAUUAUGGCCAUCUUGGUGGCAUUCGUAGCCACAUGGACACCCUACAACGUGAUGGUUCUAAUCAAUACGUUUUGCUCCAGCUGCAUCCCCAACACUAUGUGGACCAUCGGCUAUUGGCUCUGCUACAUCAACAGCACCAUCAACCCUGCAUGCUAUGCUCUUUGCAAUGCCACUUUCAAAAAGACAUUUAAACAGCUUCUGCUCUGUCAAUAUAAAAAUAUUCGGUCUACCAGAUGAGCUUCGAUCAAAAUUUGCACGUGUGCAUGUAUGACUGUGUGUGUAUGUAUGAAACGUGUCUAUAAAUUCCACAGAAUGAUGGUGUGAAUGUCGCAUCUGGGUGUUUUGUGUGUGUGUGUGUGUGUGUGUGUGUUGGGGAUUUAUGUCACGAAUACUCUGUUGUAGCACUUUACGCACAAUAAUUUGCUAAUAAGACAGGUGAACAGUUUUGUAGGCUUUGCAUUCAGGCCAGAAAAA